UUUACUGAACUUAUACAACAAACCGACCCGUAGUUAUAACACUUAUUGGCCUUCAUAUUAGGUUGUCGUUAUCCAUUAACUACUCUACUAAUAGCCAAUUUUUAUGAAUCAAUUGUGACCAUUAUAGUUUGGCCAUUGAAAUAAAGAAAAUUUUAUCAAGAACCAACUACUUGUGUUAAUACACAAUUAAUCAAAAAUAAAUGCAUGAAAAAUAAACAUUGCCUUCAAAAAUCUUAAAAAUCGGUCUCCUAUUAACUUUAAAAUGGCACAAUUCACAUUUUGACUAACCGAUAAAUCAAGACUUUUAAUCACAUGACAAUAAGUUCGAAAACUCAAGUUUUAUCCACUACUUUAUAAGAGCCUUUGACAGAUCCUCAAUUCCCCGCAAUUAUGGAUUACCCUAACAUAACUCCAAUUAAAAUUGGAAUACAUUUUGAAAACGUUCCAACUUACCAAAAAUAUAAAGCUAAACAUAAUGUUGCUUGGUACUCUUUACUAACUAGUCAUUCCCACCAACUAACCAAACCACCCAAAAUUCCUAAAUUCCAAAAUUAAAUCAUUCAUUCUUUCAUUUCUUCUUCCUCCUUUUUCUUAACCGCUCCACUUCUCUCUCCUUCACUUUCUCUCUCUAAAAUUUGCUCUUUCAUUCACUCUCUAGAAUAUGGUGAGAGUAAAACAACCACAAAAACAAAAAUUACCAAACAAUAAUAAUGAUGUUAAAUCUCAUUUAGCCAUUGAUACUUGUAACAUUUACCAUAAUUCUCAUUUUUCUUGCAUUCAUAUUAAUAAUAAUACUAAUAAUAAUCAUUCUUUUGAUAAUUCCUCUAUUCAAUCUCAUUUUAUUGAUUGGUACUCGAUUCUUAGAGUUGCAGAAGAUUCAAGCUUUUCUACCAUUAAGAAGCAAUACCAUAAUCUUGCAUUGUUGCUUCAUCCAGAUAAGAAUAAACAUCCAAAGGCAGAGUUUGCUUUCAAGCUUAUUUCCCAGGCAUACAAUUGUUUAUCUGAUGAAGCAAAAAGAAUAUCAUUCAACUUAGAAAGGUUGAGAAACCAUUGCACUCAAUGCAGCAGAAUCCCACACAACACAAAUCCUACACACAAUUCCAACAACAGCUCAAGCAACUCUUCAAACUCGACUAGAAACUCGAAAUUUUACAAAUUACAGCAACAUUUCAGAGCCAUCAGAGAUCAACUAAUACAUGAAGCAAAGGUCAUAGAAAGCUGCAUUAGAGUCCAUCAACGUCCAAAAAGCGAGUACCUGGUUUUCGAUCCAUCAUGUUACACACAUUCUGGCUACCCACAUAUUAGAAACCACCAUCAUAAUAAUCUGUUUAACAAGAAAGGUGCAAGUUUUAGAGAUUUACAAAAUCGGAACGUGGUUCCGAAUUUUGAUCAAAGAAAAGGCAGGUGUGAAAUUCCCGUUUUCGAGCUUAGAACAGAUUGUAGCUCAUUGAACAUUAAUUCUGCUUGUGUUAGUUCUUGACAGUUAGUAUGAUUAUACAUUCUUUGGUCAUUGGACAUUUUUCUGCAGACAAAAAAUUUUACAGUAAAAUGAUGAUUUUUUUUUUUUUGGCAAAUUCUUAUUUUCCAUAAUAAUUGUUAAGAAAUUAGGCAAAGGGUUAGUCAAAAAGCUAUCAAAAUGUCGGAUCAACAUGCUUAAUAAUUCAAGUCAAUCUCACCUAAUGUUUAGGUUUGUUAGGGUAAUUACAGAGUUUCUCCUUUAAAUUAGCAAUAAUUUAAAGACUUUCUUUCCAAUUUAGGUAUCCAUAUCACUGUACUCUUUUUUUUUUUUUGAAGAAAACACUGUACUCUUUUUAAUUCUUAUUCCUCAAGGAAUAAUAAUUAAAUGUAUAGUUAAUACAACUAUUCGUAUUAUUUAUAAGAAGUUAAAAGUAAAAAUUAAGUGCUAAAUAAACAUUUAUAAUACUGAUCAAAGAGUAAUUUUGUCAUUAAUUCCAAAGUUGUUUUUGUUUUUUUUUCUUUUUUUUUGGUCAUGAAUUCCAAAAUUAGUCUUAGAAAAUGCAUUCAAAGUUUAUAACUAAUACGGAGUGGUAAAGAUUACUCCAGGAAAAUCUUUAUCUAAAAAACAAAAAUUAGGCAGAUUCAUUGAUCAAAGGUGAGAUUACCCAUUCUAAACCUGAACAAAUACAAACAUGUAGUACACACAUUUUAGA